UCUGUCUGUUAGAUCUCCUGCCUGUUUGCUGCUUGGAAGCAGGGACUAGCCUGAUGGAGUUAAGAGUCACGUGACGGACCAAAUGUUUCCCAGGGUGGCCCGCGGGGAGGGUGGUCCGGCCACUCCCGCCGUGAUGUGCGCGCUGCGAGGGCGCCCUUGUACUACCUGUGCUGGGAUGACUGGGGGGCCGCGCUGCGCUGCAUCUCCCACGAGCCGUCUCGGGCUCUCGGCCCCGUCCCGCUCCGUUCGUUCAGUCGUGCCCUGCACACGAGCUGCGCCGCUGCCACGUCUCGCAUCGCAUGCGCCUGCUCACACCGCAGGAGGCCGCCACCCUCCCGCGCGAGGCCCUCGAGACGCACAUCGUCUCGCUGCUGCGCCGAUGCCCGGGCCUCCUCGCGCUCCGCGGCGCGCACGCGCAUCUCCUCCGCCUCCGCCUCCCGCGCCUCACCGCCGCGUUCGCGCUCUCCAAGCUCCUGGCUUCCUGCGCCUCCAUCAGCGACGCCGCCGCGGCGUCCUCCUCCUACGCCCGCAACCUGUUCGACCAAAUCCCGGACCCGACCGCCUUCUGCUACAACUCCCUCAUCCGCGCGCUCCCCGCCGCGGGGCCCGUCCUGGCCGCCUACCGCCGCAUGCUGCGCGCGGGGUCCCCGCGCCCCAACAGCUUCACGCUCGCGUUCGCGCUCAAGGCGUGCGCGGCCGCGCUGGCGCCCGCUGAGGGUCGCCAGCUGCACGCGCAGGCGUUCCGCCAGGGGCUCGAGUCCGGCGCCUACGUGCAGACCGGGCUGCUCAACCUCUACGCCAAGUGCGAGGAGGUUGCGCUCGCGAGGACCGUGUUUGACGGCAUGGCCGGGGACAGGAAUUUGGUGGCGUGGAGCGCGAUGAUCGGUGGGUACUCGAGGGUGGGGCUGGUGAAUGAAGCUUUGGGGCUAUUCCGGGAGAUGCAAGCGGCAGGCGUAGAACCGGAUGAGAUCACUAUGGUCAGUGUAAUAUCCGCGUGCGCCAAGGCAGGGGCACUUGAUUUGGGGAGGUGGGUGCAUGCUUAUAUAGAUAGGAAAGGGAUCACCGUUGAUCUGGAGCUGAGCACCGCGUUGAUAGAUAUGUAUGCAAAGUGCGGGAUGAUAGAGCGGGCGAGAAGGGUGUUUGAUGGGAUGGUGGAGAGGGAUAUAAAGGCAUGGAGCGCAAUGAUAGUUGGAUUGGCAAUACAUGGACUCGUAGAGGAUGCGCUGGGGUUUUUCUCAAGAAUGCUAGAGCUCAAGGUGCGGCCUAACAAUGUCACCUUUGUUGGCGUGCUGUCAGCCUGUGCUCACAGUGGGCUAGUGGAUGAUGGGCGACGGUAUUGGUCUACUAUGCAAAAUUUGGGAAUCAAACCUUCAAUGGAGAACUAUGGCUGCAUGGUUGACCUUCUAUGUCGAUCCGGCCUUCUGGAUGAUGCUUACUCCUUUGUUAUUGGUAUGCCUAUCUCUCCAAAUUCAAUAAUCUGGAGGACUCUUCUUGUGGCUAGCAAAAGCUCAAACAGGAUGGAUAUAGUGGAAUCAGCAUCAAAGAGGCUCCUUGAGUUAGAACCUCUUAAUCCAGAGAACUAUGUGCUGCUCUCCAACUUGUACGCGUCAAACUCCCAAUGGGAUAGAGUGAGCUAUAUGAGGAAAAAGAUGAAGGACAACAAUGUUACUGUUGUUGCUGGUCGUAGUUCAAUUGAAAUAAACGGCUACUUGCAUAAAUUUGUGGUGAGUGAUGAUUCACACCCUGAAAUCAAGGAGAUAAGACCGGUUCUGAGAGAAAUAGCCGACCGGGUGCGACGGGCUGGCCACAAACCAUGGACUGCAGCCGUUCUACAUGACGUUGGUGAAGAGGAAAAAGAAGUUGCCCUUUGUGAACACAGUGAAAGGCUAGCCAUUGCAUACGGAUUGUUAAAGACGAGAGCCCCUCAUGUCAUUCGAGUGGUGAAGAACUUGAGGUUUUGCCCGGAUUGCCAUGAAGUGGCAAAAAUAAUAAGCAAGUCAUACAAUCGAGAAAUCAUCGUUAGGGAUCGUGUUCGCUUCCAUAAAUUCAUGGGAGGCAGUUGUUCUUGUAAGGACUUUUGGUGAUUUCUUAGUUACAUAAAGGAAUCGCAGUGAUGCAAAGUUAUUCUAGGAGAGGUAACAGAGGGCCUGCCCGGUGCCAACGCGGGGGAUCCAACCCCGGUCGCCGGCCUGGGGGCUGGCUCCAGGAGCCACUCGGGCUCACCAGCCCCACUCACCGCCUCACCUUGCAAUUCUUGAUAUUAUUGUUUAUUUAUCGGAAUUUCCAAUAUUCUCUCAUUGUCCCACGUGA